UGUCUCUGCUGCGGCGGCUCGCGGCGGGUCCCGGAGCGGCGAUGGCGCGCACGAAGCAGACGGCGCGGAAGUCGACGGGCGGCAAGGCGCCGCGCAAGCAGCUGGCCACCAAGGCUGCCCGCAAGAGCGCGCCGGCCACGGGCGGCGUCAAGAAGCCGCACCGCUACCGGCCCGGCACGGUGGCGCUGCGCGAGAUCCGGCGCUACCAGAAGUCCACGGAGCUGCUGAUCCGCAAGCUGCCCUUCCAGCGCCUGGUGCGCGAGAUCGCGCAGGACUUCAAGACCGACCUGCGCUUCCAGAGCUCGGCCGUCAUGGCGCUGCAGGAGGCCAGCGAGGCCUACCUGGUGGGGCUCUUCGAGGACACCAACCUGUGCGCCAUCCACGCCAAGCGCGUCACCAUCAUGCCCAAGGACAUCCAGCUGGCGCGCCGCAUCCGCGGCGAGCGCGCCUGAGCCUCCUGCAGCAGCUGCACUGUAUGUGGUUCUGAAAUAAUUAUCUCACACCCUAAAGGCUCUUUU